UCUUUGUGGGUAUGAGAUUGGGGUUUUCCGGAACUCCUCCGUCCCAACAUCCCGUUUAUUCAGACAGAUUCAAUACCAUCACCACAGCUAUCCAAUUGUCUAUAGCUCACUAGAUUCACUAAAUCUACCAAUAAACCCGUUACUAGAUUUACUCCUCCUAUCCUAUGGCAGUUCACUCCCUUAAAAGUCAAAUGACUCAAAACUCAAUAAAAAAACAAUCUAAAAUCAAAGCCCAUCUUGGUCAUUUCACCUUAUUACCUUAUAAAUCACUCCAUCCCUCACCUUUUCCACACGUCCGCCACUCCCCGAAUCGCCGAUCAACUAAUUAAAAAUAUUAAUUUCUUUUCAAUUAAUUGAAAUCAGUGUGAGAGCGAGACGAAGAAAGAGAACUGACAAUGCGAGAAUGGCUCAGUACAGACCGUUGGGCCACCACAGCAACAACUCAAACGGCACGUCUUCCGCUGACCACGUGUCCAUCGGCAUCCGUAACACGACGUCGCAUGGUAAACUGUCUCGCCCUCGCCGAUCGGCACGCUUAGAUAAAGCCGGUUGCAGCCUCUCCGUCGCCUCCGUAUCCGUCUUCCUCUCUCUCGUGCUCCUUGUCACUCUCUUAGCCUAUUUCUACAUCUCUGGAUAUAAUACACUUGUUCAUACUGAUAAUAAAGACACAAAUAGUUACCAUACUAUGGAUGGUGAUUUGAUGAAUGAACUUGAUUUUCUUACAAAUGUGACACGGAGAGACACAUUUAAAGUUCUUGGAUUUGGCAAGGGCUCGGUAUCACAUGGAAGGGAUUCAAGAUAUUGGGAUAAGGAUGAUAGGAGAAGGGAUGAUGAUUACAAUGAGGAUGAAGUGGAACGCUCUAGCAUGGCUGCAAGGGGUGGAAGUAAUAAUAUAGGUCAUGUUCCUGUGAAAGUGGACAAUGGCAACCAGAAGAUUUCUAGUGAUGAUCAGGAGAAGGUUUCAGAAGGGAUAGGAGUUGGUUUGUAUAAUGAAGCUGGGCGUGAUGAAUUGAGAAUGUAUGAAGCAGAAUAUGAAGCAUCCCUGAAGAAUUUGGGCCAAUCAGGAAAAACCAAAGGAAAUGGAAAUCAGCAGUAUGAAGAUAAAGAUUUUAUGAUGCAAAGUGAGGCUACUGAUGUUGAUGAUGAUUAUGAUAGUAAUGCUGAAUUUCAUGAUUCUCAAGUGGAAAAUAAUGAUUUUGGGCAUAAUAAAGGGAAUCACUCAGACUUAGCGAAGAUCCAUGAUCAGGAUCAUAUGGACUCAUCCGAUUUUCGUGAUAUUGGAAUGCUGGAUCAGGAUUUUCCCAAGGAAGUCGACGAAACCUCCAACAAAUCAUUGGCAGACUCAUCUAUAAAAUCUACAAAUUUAGGCAAUUCUGAUACACAUCACCGAGAGGUCAGUAUUACUGGUGGUAAAUCUACCGGAAAUUCACGAUCAGAAUCAAAAAGAAAAAAACGCCGCAAAUUUUCUGAAUUUUCAGGGACAUGUGAAAUGAAGUUCUUAAAUUCUACUGCACAGCUUGUGGAGCCUUUAGAAAGUCGAAAAUUUGCAAGAUUUUUUGUGCAGUAUACAGAAGUGGAGGAGAAACCUGAUGGAGUCACUGAGUGGGAGCCUAGAUUUGCCGGGCAUCAGAGUUUACAAGAUCAGGAAAAAUCAUUUUUGGCUCAUGACCAAAAAAUUAAUUGUGGCUUUGUUAAAGGUCCUAAAGGUUCUCCAAGUACUGGAUUUGACUUGUCAGAAGAUGAUGCAAAUUAUAUUAGUAAAUGCCACAUUGCUGUUGUCUCAUGCAUUUUUGGAAAUUCAGAUCGCUUAAGGGUACCUGCUGGUAAAACGGUCACUCGUUUGUCAAGGAAAAAUGUCUGCUUUGUUAUGUUCAUGGAUGCUCUGACUUUGCAAACGCUUAUUUCAGAAGGCCUGAUACCAGAUAGAACAGGUUUUAUUGGUUUGUGGAGAAUAGUUGUUGUGCAGAAUCUUCCUUAUACUGAUAUGCGUAGAGUGGGAAAAAUACCAAAACUGUUGUCACAUCGACUAUUUCCUUCUGCAAGAUAUUCGAUUUGGCUGGAUAGCAAAUUACGUCUUCAACUUGACCCUUUACUUAUCUUGGAAUAUUUCUUGUGGAGAAAAGGUCAUGAGUAUGCCAUUUCUAAUCACUAUGAUAGGCAUUGUGUAUGGGAAGAAGUUGCUCAAAAUAAGAAGUUGAACAAGUAUAACCAUACGGUCAUUGACCAACAAUUUGCAUUCUACCAGGAUGAUGGGUUGAAAAGAUUCAAUGCGUCAGAUCCUAACAAGCUUCUUCCUAGCAAUGUUCCUGAGGGAUCUUUCAUUGUAAGAGCGCACACUCCGAUGUCAAAUUUGUUCUCCUGUCUUUGGUUCAAUGAGGUUGACCGGUUUACUCCUCGUGAUCAACUAAGCUUUGCUUAUACAUACCAGAAAUUAAGAAGAACAAAUCCUGGCAAAAUGUUUUAUCUUAAUAUGUUCAAGGACUGUGAGAGGAGAGCAAUAGCCAAGCUUUUUCAUCACAGAGGAGAGGAGAAGCAGGCUACUCAUCAACAUGCGACAAUGUAAAUACUUUGCAACAUUGAAAAUUUCACCAGAAGCUACAUUAUACAUUAAGAUUGGCUGCGCUUAUCCAGUUAUGUACUGUUACCUCAACAUGUACAAGCGGUGAUUUCUGACACAAUACAAGGCUUCAGUUUCGAAGAAAGCUGGGUGUGCAAUAUUUUCUGACAGUGAAUACCACAUGUGAGUUCAUUUCUUCAGCCCUCUUAAGAUCAAUGCAGAAAAGAAAAUUCAUAUAUCAAUUACCCAAUUCAUUUAAACAUUCAUUGCUUCCGUCGGAGGAAGCAGAGCACUCGAUAAAUCUUACUUCUUACACUACAAGUUAGUAUUCUUUGUUCCCUUGUUGAUUUGUGUCGAUCUUUUGUUUGUAAAUUUUGAUGGCUUAUUCAUGCAUGUAUGAUAUCUGGGUAAUUUGUUUAGGGAUGCUGCAUAUUCAAGAUUUUACCUGAUGGAUGUCCAUAUUUGGCAUCA